AUGCCUUCCCAACAACUGUGCAACCGUAACCUCGACCUCAACUUCCCCUCUUCAAUUGCAUCUAAACAUGGCUCUGAAAUCGAUUCUUCCCUGGGGCUGUUAGCUUCUUUCGUCUCUGAGAGAAUCAACUUGUUGAAGACGUUCUAUCAGAACACGCCGGCACGUGUUUCUAAGAUCAACAACAUUGGCCGUCACGAAAUCAAAUUUAAGGAUCGUAUCAGGAGCUGCGAAGAUGUUUUGCUUAUUGAGAGCCAUCAUUUGGCAAUUCUUGCAUGUGAUGCUGGGCGGGAACGCUGGAAUACUGUCAUGGGUGUCUUUGCCGGCAACGUUAGUGAGAACGGAGGACUUUGGGCCUAUGACUAUGAGAAUGUUGGAAGCCCCGAUGGGGAGUCCCUCAAGCCAAUUGCCCUCACCGGGUUCCCUCACGCCAACGACUUCCACACCCUAGGACUGGCCUUUGACCAACAGACGUCCAAUCUCUUCGUGACAAACCACGCCCAGGCGGGAUCACGGAUCGAAAUGUUCAAGUUUGACAUCGAAUCGUUGACGGCUCGGUACAUGCAAACAAUUGAGCAUCCACUCAUUCACGGACCCAACUCAAUUGCACUCAUCAACGGCCAUGAGUUUUAUGUUAGCAACGACCACUACAUUACCAAGAAACAAUCAAUCCUGAUUCCUAACCUCGAGACAUACCUCGGCACUCCCAGCGGCACGGUCGUCCACGUAUCUCUCAAAGAAUCGCAGGUCCAAGCCAAAGUUGUCGCUUGGGUUCCCUUCGCAAACGGCAUCGAGAUCCUGAACAGUUCAACCGUCGCUGUGGCGUCUUCCUCCCGGGCAGCCGUUUACCUCUUCAAAACGCCCAAUCCCACCACAUUGGAGUUUAAUUCCAUGAUCAAAUUGCCUUUUCUCCCGGAUAACCUUUCUGGAUCCGGCGACAAAUUGAUGAUUGCGGGUCAUGGGCAUAUGCCUUCCUUGGUCAAGUUCACGCACUUGCGACGUAUAUGUAACGAGCCUGACGAGUAUGAACGCGCGGAUGCAACGGCUAGGAAGCUCUGCGAAACGUUGGAGGCGGUGUCUUGGACUGCUGAGUGGAGUGAAAGCGAGGGUCUAAAGAAUCUCUAUGUUGAUACGGAGUAUCCUUCCAGCUCGACUGUUGUCAAGGAUGCUGACAGGGGCGUCGGUAUCAUCACUGGUCUUUAUGCUAAAGGCAUCCUGGUGUGGAGGGAUUAA